AUGGAAAUGCCAACAGUUUUACUUUUCGUUUACUGUUUUAUUUUACAAUCAUUGCAAAUUUUAGCAGUGGUUUUACCAGACGAACAAAGACUAGUGGAAGAACUUUUUAAUGGGAACAAGUACGACAAUAGUGUGAGACCAGUAAUAAAUGCAUCACACAGUGUUGUUGUCAAGUUUGGAUUCUCACUCAUACAAAUCAUGGAUAUGGAAGAGGUUAAUCAAGUGUUUGUAACAAAUGCCUGGCUAGAACAUCGCUGGAAAGAUGACAGAAUGAGAUGGAACGAAUCUAACUAUAAUAACCUGAAGGUCUUACGUAUUCCAGCCAGUAAACUAUGGUUACCAGAUAUUGUCUUGUAUAACAAUGCCGAUGACUAUACUAAUGGUUUUAUGCCUAUUAAUGCAAUGGUCCAUAGUGAUGGCUGGGUAUUUUGGUCACCUCCGGUUAGAUUAAGAAGUUCAUGUAAAGUCGACAUUACAUUUUUCCCAUUCGACAGACAGAUCUGCAAAUUGAAAUUUGGUUCCUGGUCAUAUCCAAAACGACAAGUGGACUUAGUGGCUCUUACAGAUACCGUAGAACUACAUACAUAUACAACAAACGGAGAGUGGAUAUUAACAGAAAACAAAAUCAUCCGGAAUGAAAUCAAAUAUCCUAUUGGCGAUGAUCUGUAUCCGGAUGUAACCGUGGAGUUUCUGAUUAGGAGGAGAAUUUUAUAUUAUAUUCUAAACAUUAUUUUCCCAUGUUUCUGGUUGAAUGUUUUAAGUGUUUUGACAUUUUGUCUGCCACCAGAUGCCGGAGAGAAAAUCACUCUAAGUAUCACUGUUUUGUUAUCAUACUCGGUGUUUAUGUUACUGGUUGCAGAGAGUAUGCCACCUACGUCGGAAUUCGUUCCAUUGAUUGGUAUAUACUUAACCAUGUCAAUGGCAUUAGCGUCGGUUGCAGUAAUUCUGACUGUGUUAGUAAUGAAAUUACAUCACUGCUCUCCGCAACAGAAAAGAGUACCGAAAUGGGUUAGAAUAAUAGUUUUGGGAAUUCUUGCAAAAAUAGUGCGUUGUAAUUGCAUUACUGGAAUAAAGUCAUUUAAGCGUGAGGUUCAGAUAAAAAAACAAAAAGCAUCACUGAGACACCAGAUCGAGGACCGAGAUGUAGAAACAAGUACCAAAUUAUUCCGCGAUAUCGCCACAAAGGAGGUUGUCCACGGUUCAAAUGAAACAUUAAGCGAUCAUGAAUUAUCUGACAAUACACCUAUGACAGGUAAUAGUCUGGACUAUUUUUCUGAUGUCCGAAAAAGUUUUAAUUUAUCUGAACCAGGAUCUUCGUCUGAAAAUAAAGAUACUAUUCUUCACAAAACAACAUCUGAAAUUUUGAAAUAUAUGAAAUAUUUGGUGUCUAAAAGUGACGACAAUGAUGUCGAGGAAGACAUCGUUUCAGAAUGGAAACAAGUUGCCUUAGUGGUUGAUCGUCUUUUGUUUUGGUCAUUUCUACUAAUUACUAUAUUUUCUACGCUUAUAAUUCUUGUAUUUGUACCGCUUUCUGCGUAUGGAGAGUUUAGUGGCUUAUAAAGUCUAGCAAUAGCAUAAAUACACAUUAAUGUUCUAAUAAAGAUGAUAGGGUUAUUAAUUAAAAGUUUUGAAAUAAAAAGAGCAUAACACUUUUACUAGCCAGAAACUUUAAACGGCAAGAGAAGAGAAGGGAGGCUUUUUUUAUUUGUAUUUUCAAUCAUGGGCCUACUGACGGUUUUAAUACGUAACUGUAAAGAAUUAUAAUCUAGCUGUAAUUAAAAAAAAAGAUACAAGAAAUAAAUAUGAUAUAAGCAUAGUAUCGUCAACCUCCAAAGAUUAUUAAAGUUGCAAUGCUUCCCGUCUCGAAAACAAGAAAAAUAGCUUCAUAAUAUCUUCGAAAGUAAAAAGAUAACAAGGGUAUUCAAACCCCCCUGUCGAAGAAAGACAGAAAACACCGAUAAACCAAGAAAAACAGAUAAACAACAAUUCAUAACACUGAAGAUUGAUCCACACAAAAUGCAGUGGACACAAGGAGACUAUACCUUACGUACUGACAUAUACUGAGCUAUG